CUGGUUCGAAUGACAGACGCUGUCAGACGACAGUGUGAAAACGAAAAGUAUAAACUGUAAAUAAAAAAAUCCACAAUGGAGUCGCCAAAAGAAUUAUCGCUCGUAGAAAUUCGCAAAUAUAUGUUAGAAAACGGCUGCAAAGUAACAAAUCAUGCUUUGGUCAAGCAUUUCAAAAGGUUCCUCACCAAUCCAGACACUCAAAGUGAAGCCCGAAAGCAAUUCAAAACCUACGUGAACAUCUUGUCCACCAUCAAGAACGAAAAUGACCAAAAAUAUUUGAUUCUACGAAAGAAGUAUCUCCACGAAUGUCCCACAGAGGAGAUGGCAUUGCGCACAGAUAUUGUCCCCAGUAGCCCCGGAGCAAUGUCGCUUGUUUCGGAGGGUCUGACUUCGCCAUUCAGGCAACCUCCACCGUACAAACCACCUCCAGAGGUGUCCUCGCCAAUUGCCAGCAAAUUGCCGAUUUUGCAGCCAGAAAGUGCCGAUAAUUAUCGCGAUUGUAUCAAUGAGUUCGCGGCCGCUGUUCGUAUGAUUGAUUCGGCCGGUCGUCCGCGUGAAGAGUCGCCUCCUUCGGAAACCGUUGCGCCCGGUGACGAUGUUAAAAUGCAAAGUGUCGAAAGUGAGAAGUCGGCUCCAGCCGCAAAAGUUAAGCGCGAAAAUUCAAUCGAAAGUGAAAAUAAAGAAAAUGUCGUCGUGCGUUCUCCGACAUCCUCGUUGUCGGAAACAUCUUCGUCCAUGUCUAUGGAGAACAAUAAUGAAAAGACUUCAUCGGAUGCCGAGAAUCCAAUGAGUGUCAAGGAAGCCACUCGCAAGUUCAAUCGAAUGGCAUCCGAGGAGGAGGCAAAGAUUAUUUCACCACCCACCAAAAAGAAACCUGAAAAGGUGAUCGAAGAGAAAAUGACUCCAGAAGUCACUCUCUCCCAUCCAAAAGGCAAAGAAUGGGUUGUUUCAUCAGCAAAGGCCAACUAUCAGGAAUUAGCAAAACUAGCAUCCGAAUAUCCUGAAUUAGUUAAAUUGCAGGAUCCUACUACGGUAAGUGAGGGAUGGCUUCUUGUUGAAACUUUUAAGGUUAGAUUGGCACUGGGCAACUGA